AUGCAAGGAUCAUAUAUGAUUGAAGAAAUUAAAAAACAACUUGCUGCAGCUGAUAUUCCAAAAUUAAGAAAAUGGUUUGGUCUAUCAACAUCUAAAGGAAUCAGCCUUGAUAAUGAUGACAUUAGAGAUGGUGAUAAUGUUGAAGAUAUUGAGAAUGUUGAAAUUAAAUAA